CACAAUACAAUCGAACUCGGACACUAAACCAGUGUAAAGUGCUAGUUCGAUCACUACCUACUUAUUAUUCUACAGUCAACUUCACAAUGAAAAGUUUAACAACUCUGGUUCGUAAAGCUUCAAUAAGGCCUAACAAAUAUACCAUAAGUGAAAACUUUCAAAGAGUAUUUUCAUCUUCAAAUGCUGAAAAUAGUGCAAAAAAAACAAACAAUAUGAAUAUGUUCCAGGCUAUCGGCAGUGCUUUGGAUCAAACCCUCAAAUCAAACCCUAAUUCAGUGGUAUUUGGGGAAGAUGUUGCAUUUGGAGGUGUAUUCCGUUGUUCAAUGGGGCUGCAAGAGAAAUAUGGCAGACAAAGAGUGUUCAAUACACCUCUUUGUGAGCAAGGAAUUGCAGGUUUCGGGAUAGGCUUGGCAGUAACUGGAACAACAGCCAUAGCUGAAAUCCAAUUCGCAGACUACAUGUUCCCUGCAUUUGACCAGAUAAUGAAUGAGGCAGCGAAAUACAGAUACAGGAGCGGCAACGAAUUUAAUUGCGGCAAGUUGACAAUCAGAGCUCCGUGUGGUGCGGUGGGGCACGGCGCUCUUUAUCACUCGCAGAGUCCAGAGGCAUACUUCUCUCACACACCUGGCCUUAAAGUAAGGUCAAUUACACAUUAUAAAGAGUGUUCCUCAAAGAACUACAGUACUAUACAGUUUUAAAGCUGCUUUUAGUACUCAACGACGGAAUAAGCUAAAAUUGUCUUUAGGAAAAAUGCUAAUAUCCUUUGGUUUUUAUGUAAUUCGAUAUUUUCCAUACAAUGUGAGUGGAUCUACAUUUCCAACUUGAACCUUGAAGUGGCAGACUUCAUGUUAAGUCUUCAAUAUAUCUUUUGA